AUGACAUCGCUCGAUGAACAGAUGCAUUAUAUGCGCACCGCUCUUGCAGAGGCGGCCAAAUGCGAGCCCACUCCUACCGCUUUCUGCGUAGGCUGCGUCCUCGUCACCCACUGGCCAUCUCUCCAUGACCAACCCCCGGUCAUGCUCGCCACAGGCUACUCCCGUGAGCUCCCAGGGAACACCCACGCGGAAGCGAAUGCCCUGGCAAAAGCCAACCUCCUCGAUCCAAACGAGCUCACCAAAUUAUUCUCCGGCACUACCUCCAUCUCCUUGAACGAGAUUCUACGCCACACCGACGUCUACACGACCCUCGAACCAUGUUCGAUCCGUACCUCAGGUCUCGCACCCUGCGCCGACGCACUCAUCGCCGCCAAGAUCCGUCGAUGUUUCAUCGGCGUCGGCGAACCGGACGAUUUCGUCAAGUGUGAGGGUGCUCAGAAGUUGAAGGAUGCUGGUAUCGAAGUCGUCUGGCUCAAAGGCCUCGAAGAAGAAUGUUUGAAGGCUGCAAGGCGCGGUCAUGAUGCAUAA